AUCCAGUAAUCCACACACCACUGUUGACCAAAAGACCCACCACAGUUCCUAGCCAUAUUUCCUUCCCAUCAUCUCUCCAUCUUCCUUCUUAACUUCCCCUUUCACUCUCUCACUUUCUCUCUCUUCUUUCUCUCUCUUUCAUUCUGUCUCCUCUCUUUCACUCACUUCUACUCGUAUUAAAACUAACAUCACCCACCUAUUUCUUAAACCAUCUCCAUUUCUUCGAGCCCUAAAGGGUCUUUCUCUCUUCCCUCUCACUCCCAGAUCUGAUUUUUGAAAUCUUUCAUUUGGUUGGUUGGUGCGGUAGAUUGCUGGAUCUGGUCUGGAAAAAGAGCUUUAAAAACUGGGUAAAUUUGUCGAUUUUGGCUGAGUUAUACCAGCAAUUUGUUCUUGUUGUGAUUUUGGUGGAGAUCUGAGGUUUUAUUGUUCUGGGGUUUGUGUUAGUGGUCUUGAAAGUGUGACUUUGAUUAGUUGAUGCUAUAGAAAUUGGUUAUAUUUUGGUUAGAUCUGAAAUUAGUUUGUUAAAGAAGAAAAAAGUGGUUUUAUUUGAAAGAGAUUAUAGUCAGUUUUUGAUAAAGUUAGCUUCAGAAAGAGGAGGUUAAUUGUCACUGAUUUGGUGAAAUUUGUGUGUAUUUUGUCUGCUGUUUGAAAUGGAAACCCUUGUAGUUGUAGCACAGCACAGGAAUCAAUACUACAGUGGUAGGGGAAAGGGUGGGUGUGGCUCAUCACCAUCUGGAGGGUUUAGGGAUAUCAAUUGUAGGGCAUUUGAAUCUGGGAUGGGCUUACUUCCCAGCCCUUUUAAGGGUUACGGCUCUCCGGUGAUGAACCGGGGUUUUGUGUCCCCUAAAGUUCAAACCCCAUGUGCUAAGAGUGGUGGGAAACCGAUGAGUGAGGAUGGUAAGACCUCGAAAAGAUCGGUGAGGAGUAGCCCAAUCCCUAUAAAGUUGAAGGGGGAUGGUAAGAAGGGGACACCAAGGGAAAGUCUGUCCUUUUCGGAGCUAUGGGCAGGACCUGCAUAUUCGAACUCACCUCCUCCGAGUUCUCUGCCCAUGCCCAAGUUCUCUAUGAAACCUAAGAGGACUGUGUCACUUGAGUUGCCUGCCUUGGAGUCUGAUCUGAACUUGCCACCAAUGCCUAAGUCAGCCCCAGCUUCCCCGAGUAGAGAAUCUGCUCGCUCGCCCUUCAGUUUCCUCCGUGAUGAUGACUCUGCUACUAAGACUCUUCGUCGGAUCCUCAAUCUUGAUAUUGCUGAUGAUUGAGUGGAGGCUGGGAUGUUAAGUACUAGUAGUAUCGUAGAUGUGUAUAUACAGGGAAAUAAAUUGCCUUUCAGUUAGGCUAGUUUGAUGUUUAGUAGCUAUGGUAGACAAGGCACAAGAUCACAGUUGCAGCUGGUAGUCAACAGGCUCUGGGGUUCCUUACUGUUUUGUGGUGGUUCAUGUAGUUUUGGUGUUUGUUUGUAGAAAGAAGUAUGUUGUGGAGGGAGUGUCACAUUGGUGGAUGAUUAAAUCUCUCUGAAACUUUCAGAGGCAGAAGAAGAACAAAAGACGUGACAAUUUAUUUCAUGUCAAUAUGACGUGGGUGAAUUAGUAACCCUUGUGUCCAUUGGACUUGUGAAGGGCAAUAUUUUCAGCUUGGUUAUCUUGAUCGUGCCAAGUAUAGAUUAGUUCCCUCAUCUAAUGUACCUCAAGUUUCUCUGAUCAUUACUCUUAGCUGUAGUUUUGAAACCUAACAUUUCUGUGUAUACUGUAGAGAAUUAGACUCCUGAACAUACUGACUCUUUGAUCUCGACUUUCUUCUUAUAUAUAUUUUUUUUUUAUAUCCUUAUUCAAUCAAAGAUUGUCUCUUCUUCUUCAUCUUUUACUUCUAGGCUUAUUAGUUAUCUUAACUCUUUAGCCUCUUACCUUUACUUCUCAUUCCAAUAUUUUCUUUGCUAUUCUAAAAAUAGUUUCUUCACUAUCUUGCUCCUUUUCUUUUCUGCUUCUAGUUAGCUUCUGACUCUAGUUAACAGUAGUGUCAGAUCAUCCGUGCUGGCCUUCUUUACUGGUUUUUUGAGAGGUAAAGAUGGCACAGCACUAAGAAAUAGCUUGUAGUUGUGUUCUGUCUUCUGCAGAGCUUCUUUAUGUUGCCUCUGUUGCAAUUCCUUCCUCAAUAUCUAGCUUUUCAGUCUUUCUUAACAGGAGAUGUUUCCUUUCUUUCUUCAUCUGGCUUGUGGCAAUCUGAAGCUUUGUUAAAGUUGAAUGGAUCAGUCGGUGAAGGAUUUGGAGUUCUGCUUUUGACUGGUGCAUCUGCUCUGUUAGUAUGCUUCUAUGUAGAUCACUUUGUGGAACCGUCUGUUGUGCUCUUGCUGUUUUGGCAGUUCGUCUUGUGUACUAGUGUAUCUUUGUUGAACUAGUAGAUCUAGUUUGUGGUUUGGACUAUUUAUGUUUCAUUUUCAGUUGAGCAUCUGCGUAGACCUUUUCCCUCAUCGUUGCGGGUUAAGCAUCGUUGUAGACUCUUGGUUUUUAUUUAGCAAUUCAGAUGUUUUUUUUAUUUCCAUUUGGCUUGAGUUUGUUGAUUCUGAUAAAUAUACCCUGUUAUACAAUGCUCUCUCUUAAACAUGAA